AUGACUGCCUCACUCAAAAAACAACAAAAAAUUAUCUCUGGUUUAUCUGAAACCGUAAAACAUCUUGGUUAUGACAUUCGCGAAGUUCGAGAUGGGGUCGCAAGAAGUAGUAAUGCCGGAUCUGGCACAUCCAAAUCGCCUCAAAAUUAUACUGGCACUAUUUCCGAUCUCCCUGAGGAAAUCCGGGUACUUGUUAUCAAUCAUAAGAAGGGGAUAGCGAUCAGUGAUGCCACCAUUAGAAACUUUCAUAAAAAAUUGACUAAAAACCCGAAAGAAGAUACGCUGGAUUCAUUAAAGUUAUGGAUAUCAAAACAGAAUGGAGAGAUAGAUACUGAACCGGAAAGUGAGGAGGAUGAAGAAAUAAAUGACGAUAGCUAG